AUGGAGACCCCCAAGUUCACGAUUCCUUCCGCCAACAGCUCAGAACUGAAAGUUGUCGAACCGAAAGACACACGCUCCGAUCAAGAAAUCCUCGAAGCCCUCAGCCAACAUGUCCCCGUCACAUCAGAAAAGAAUGUAUGGGCUUUCUGGGACAAAGGCAUCAGGAAGAUGCCCGGAUGGUGCCAGAGGAACGUUAUCAAUUGGGUCCGCCUAAACAGCACCAGCAGCAACCCUUGGACUGUCCGUGUGGUCGAUGCGAUUCCAACUUCACCAAACUACGCCUUGAACUUCGCAGACGGCAGUCUUCUACCUCAAACUUUCGUUCAUGGCAACAUGCAAGGGCCGUAUAUUGGACCACAUUCGGCGGAUUUCCUCAGAGGAGCCUUGCUUUAUACACACGGUGGAGUGUUCAUGGAUGUGGGAAAUAUCUUGUUCAGGGAUUUGGAUCGUAUCGGUUGGAAAGAGCUGGAAGAUCCUGCUUCGCCGUACCAGAUUUGUACGCCGAUAAUGUACGGCCAAGUAAUAGCGAACCACUUCACCAUGGCCCGAAAAGCAAACCCCUUCAUCAAACGGUGGCACGACCUCUUCAUCUCCUUCUGGCAAGGCCGAACAGACCACAAAGGCAUCAUCGCCAACCCGCUCCUCGAAUUCGCCACGAAGCUCGAUUUCAGCGACGGCCAAGCCUCAGACUUCCACUGGGAUUUCAAAGUCGACGCCCAGACCGUCUUCGAAUACAUCAGCCAAGUGCUCGCCUGGGUCCGUCUGACCAUGCUCGAGGACGCCGGCGACGGCUUCAGCUGUACCGACUACUGGCAGCACAACGUCCUGGUCUUCAACGCGCUCCAGGAAUGCUGGGGCGCGGAAGCCACCGUCGGGUUCAAUGGCGAGAAGAAGUACCGCCUCCUCUCGACCCGAAUCGACAGCGAUCCCAGCUCCGAGGAUCAUCAAGAGGCUGAGAAGCUUGUGUGGAGGCUGUUGACCAAGUCCAGUCUGCAGAAAAUCACCCACGGGAAGCAUCUGACCAACGACACGCAUUUGGGGAUUUUGUGGGAUGAGAAUGAGGGGAAGGAUGUUGAGCCGGGGACGUUUGCGGAGCUGUUGAGGUAUGGGGCUACGCGUUUUGAGCAGACGAGGGGGGACAUUGUGAGGAUGGAGGCGACCAAGCCGGCGGUGACGAUGAAGAAAGGAGUCUUCGAGCCGUGA